AUGGCAGUAGCCCCACGAGGGGCGACGCCAGUACCUGCGCCGUCGUUGGUGGCUGCAUUGCCGACGGCCCCGAGCACUGGCGACGGGUUUUACGUGCUCGUGAACGUCGUCGGGGCCUCUCUGCGCUGCAGUGUGAACCCCCAGUGGCCAUGUGAAGCGCUGCUUGGCGCUGCAGCGGAAGCCUAUCGUGCGUCGUUCGUGGACACGGAAGUGCCCGAGUGCAACGUGGUGUUCCAUCGCAAGAAGCAGGCAUUUCUCGUGGCGGGGACGCCCAUUUGCGAGUGCUGCGCGAGCGGUGACGAGCUGGAACUUGGUGCUACUCUCUCGGCACAGGAAAGUGCGUCGAGGGGGGCUGCAGUACCUGUUGGUGUUGCGAAGGAUUGGGCUGUCGACGCUGAUGGAGAGACGAGGGAGUUCUGUGUGUUGUUCCACAAACUUCCGCUCGGGUUCACGAUGAAACGUGGCAGUGACGGACAGACAGAGGUGGGUACGAUUUACCCCAAGAGUGUCGCGACGCACUUCGUGCGGCUGGCACCGGGUGUGGCGAUCGUGAGUAUUGCGGGGACGCCACUUCAGGACAUGGGACUGCGUCAGGUGCACGACCUCAUUAAGAACGCGACGCUUCCGCUGGAUAUCCGCUUUCGAGGGCCCGAUCGACUGGUGUCAUUACCGAUGCUGCCUGAUGGUUUCGAUCAACCAGUGCCAUCCCCACGAUCACCAGCGACGGCUGUUACGCCUCCGGCAUAUUCGCAGCAGGAGGGAAGGCGUCGCGGGGGGCCUGCUGAUUGUCGCGGUAUUCAGAGCAAUGGCAGUGAUCGCAGUCAAAAUCGUCAUGGCAUUCGACGGGGGAACAGCCGUGAGGUCGAUCCGAUACAACAACAGCAGCGCCUUGGUACCCAGCUGGAGGGCGUACAAAGGUUCGAUGCACUCGCGUCGUCAAGUCAGCGCACUGGACGAGAAUCGCACGAAGCAGCUACACUCGUGAAGCAAAUCGAGGAGCUGAAGGUGGCCCUGCUGCGAAAGCACGAAGAAGCAAAGCAAAUUGCGCGGCAGCUCGAGUCGUGCUCUGAAAAGCUACUAGCCCUUCGUGGCGAAGCGAACGGUACGGCAGCAUCUCGGCAACAACAACAGCAGCAGCAGCAGCAGCAACGAAGUACAAGCACGAAGCAGUUUGAUGCGACUCGCUCCCGCCACGUACGAUCAGCAUCAGCGACAAGUGGCAGGUCCAACUCUCGACUUACACCGGAGGUGUUGGAGGCCAUGGACCAGAGAGCUGGUCUACCUCGACGCGGUGCAGGAGUCUACACUUCGUCGAGCAUCUCAUCGGUGUCGGGAUAUUCAGCCCAAUCCAUGCCUGUUGCUCGCUCUGCAACUGCACGUGCACGGACUGCACGUGCUGCGGCCCUCGCAAACGCCGACAACGUGUCGGUAUCGUCCAACACGUCCAACUCGUCUGCUAAGUCUGCUCGCAAGGGACGGGGUGACUAUUCGCCGCGUGGAACCGUGCACCGGAAUCUGACCAAGCGAUACAACUACAUGCCACAGAGGUACGAGGCGGUUACCGCGAGUGCGUCGGAGACUGGCGCCACUUCGCUGUCCUCCCGUGGGGCCGUCAUGUCGCGUGCCCGGAUCCCGCGCGACUCGUUUAUCACCAAGAGCGAGAGUCCAGGCGUCGGCUAUUACGACGUGAAGGUAAAUGAUCGUGUCAAGGGCGGUGAGAUUGGCGAUUCCAGUCGCUCGCUGCCAUGGUCUUGA